AUGAUUGAUGUGGGCGUGGGAAGCUGGAGAAGGGCUAACAACAUAUUAAAUAGUACCAGGAAUUUUCUUCUUUGCUUUCAGGCUUAUAAUGAGGAAAUUUCUCUGACCAAUAUCAGGGGGCACAUCAGCUGCUGUACUAAGUUUCUUCAAAUAUCCUGGAAUUGUGUCAAGUUCAUCCGAGAAGUAACACCAUAUAUCAAGAAGCCAUCGUUAGUAUCAGAUCUGCCAUGGGAAGGUGCAGCUCCCCAGUCACCAAACUUUAGUGGGAGUGAGGACUCUGGUUCUCCAAAACACCAGAACAGCACCAAGGACAGGAAGGUCAUCCCUCUCAAAAUGUGCUUUGCUGCUAGAAACCUAAGCAUGCCGGAUCUGGAAAACAGAUUGAUAGAGCUACAUUCUCCUGAUAGCAGGAACACGUUGAUCCUACGCUGCAAGGACACAGCCACGGCACACUCCUGGUUCGUAGCUAUCCACACCAACAUAAUGGCUCUCCUCCCACAGGUGUUGGCUGAACUCAAUGCCAUGCUUGGUGCAACCAGUACAGCAGGAGGCAGCAAAGAGGUCAAGCAUAUUGCCUGGCUGGCAGAACAGGCAAAACUAGAUGGUGGAAGACAGCAAUGGAGACCUGUCCUGAUGGCUGUGACUGAGAAGGACCUUCUGCUCUAUGAUUGUAUGCCAUGGACAAGAGAUGCCUGGGCAUCACCAUGUCAUAGCUACCCUCUUGUUGCUACAAGGUUGGUUCAUUCUGGCUCCGGAUGCCGAUCGCCCUCACUUGGAUCUGACCUUACGUUUGCUACCAGGACAGGCUCUCGGCAGGGCAUUGAGAUGCAUCUCUUCAGGGUGGAGACACAUCGGGAUCUGUCAACCUGGACCAGGAUACUUGUUCAGGGUUGCCAUGCUGCUGCUGAGCUGAUCAAGGAAGUCUCUCUAGGCUGCAUGUUAAACGGCCAAGAGGUAAGGCUCACCAUCCACUACGAAAAUGGGUUCACUAUCUCCAGGGAGAAUGGAGGCGCCAGCAGCAUAUUGUACCGCUACCCCUUCGAAAGGCUGAAGAUGUCUGCUGACGACGGCAUCAGGAAUCUGUACCUUGAUUUUGGUGGUCCCGAGGGAGAACUGACCAUGGACCUGCACUCUUGUCCGAAGCCGAUCGUAUUUGUGUUGCACACGUUCUUGUCAGCCAAAGUCACUCGUAUGGGACUGCUUGUCUGAGCAGCAGCAAAAAAAAAAAAAAAAAAAAAAAAAAAAAAAAUCAGAAGAGCCUUGACUGUCACAAGAAGUAUUUCCAACUCCAGAAAAAAAAAAAAAAAAAGCACAAAAAGCAAGCUCUCUGCUCUCUCCUCCAGCACAGUGCCUUCCCAAGAACCUGCGAACCACUGCUGACCCAGCCCCGCGUUUAAGGACGAGCUACCUUUCCCAAUCCACCUUGGCCAGACAUUCUAGCACUCUAAUGAGCUCCAAAAUGAAGCUGGUGAUUUACUGUCUUGUUUCAUUAUGUGGUUUAUAAGUAAUUAGGUCUGUUUCCCCUGCUAAAAAAGGAUGGUUCAUUCUGUUUCUCGUUUUAGACAUAAUCAAAUAGCCAAGAGUUGUUUUCUUUUUCUUCUUCCUAUAGGAUUUGUUUUGGGCUUGGCCUUGAUCUCUUAUUUAGGACAACUCUCCCUUCCCAGGUGCUAGUUUGCACCAGCCCGUGGCUUCCGGGUCAUUCCAGAUAGGCCGUAUGUCUUGGAGUUUACUGUCCUCCCUAGCUCCGUCCACCCUAGGAAGUCCUUCGGUUGCGUCACCAAAGGGUUCUUCUAUCUGUCCUGGCUGUCACUCUAUCCCCACCCUGGCCAUUCCUACCUUAUCACAAGCUUUGCUACUCUGAAGUGCUAUCUUUAGGACUUAGAACUUCCAAGAUUUGAUUGCCUUGCCUUCCACCACCCCCCCCUUUCUGGUGGUGACCACAUUGAAAAGCCAGUUGGAAAUCACUGCUUUGAAAGAAAGGUUUUGCUUCGUUUAGGUUUUUCUGAUUUAUCUUGGUAAGAGCCAGGGAACGUUAUAAGAUUUACUUUAAAAGAAAAAUCCUCAUUUUAGGCUAAGCCAUUUUUUUAUUGCUUACCAAAUGUGCCUUUGGUUAGGGUUAGUGGAGCUUUAUCAGUCAGCAUUUGAGCAACUGGAUAUCACUGCCAUUCCAGGGAGACCAUCCACCCUAGUUUUGAGAAAUAGUCUUGGAGGUGGGUUUCCUCAAUGGCAUCUUUUCUAGCGGGCAGGUCUCUUUGGGGAAGGUUAAUCCUGAAGAACCAGCUUGCUUGGAGAGUAGACUUUGUGGGUAAAGCCACGUUUUUGGCACAAACAUCAGGUGCGAUUGCUUUGGGCUGUGCGAGCCACGUGGCAUCCUGGCCCUGGCCCUCUCCCUGUGGGGCCCCAGAGUGGCACGGACAAGCAGCAGCCAGUCAGGACUCAGUGUUGCCUUCACACCACAUCCCACAGCGGGCAGGGUGACACCACCAUGGAACCUGCAUUUUGUUAAGCACUGCCAGCCAGAUGUCAUCCUGAGGACACAGUGGCAGUAAGAUUGUCAUUUUGUGUUACUGGAGAAUCACACUCAGUGUGUUUUUCCUGAUUUUGAAGGAGGUAUAUACCUGACAACACAAUAGUAUAAUAUCUACGUAAAAUGUCAAGAUUAGUACAGUUCUUGGAUCUGAAAGAAAAGGUAAUAUUGAUUUGGAUGUUAUUUAUGCUCUCUGAAGAAAACUCUAGGAGUAGUUCUCAUUUACUAGAUUUGUCCAGACUGCCAAAGGAGGACGUGAGCACUGUGGGGUGGCGGGGUGGCACUCCACAGGGGGCGGGGAGAGAAGCCGACACAGCCGUAUAUGCAAAACAGAAGCCUGUGGUUCUAGUGCGGACUGGCUGGUGGGACUGGUGAGCAGGGAGAGUCCUGGGUGGAUGUUGUAACCUCGUCGUCUUCCCCUGCAAGAGUCAGUCCUCCUCCCACAUGUACAGUGAGACCAGCACCAGGCAGAGGCUGGGAGAGAUGCCUGUUCUUGUCCCAGCUUCAUCUUACUGAAGUUCCAAAAACAAAUUAUCUGAUCCACUUUAAACUGGAAAUUAAAAUCUAGACAGGAUUGUCUUUCGAGAGCUUGUUAUGUUUUGAAAAUUCAUAAACCUAAAGAUUGGUUCUACUUGAGAUAAAUUUUUCAGGGAAGGAAGAAAAUGCCUUGAAGGUCCAGCUAUGAUUUCUAGAAGCAGAAUUUUAGCACACAGUACCCUCCGAUAAGACAUUCGGACACUAUGCAGUGGAAGCAUUAUUAAUGUGAGAUGUUGAACCAUGUGUUCACAGACUCCAGUGGCAAAGCCAUUUGGUGGAGGUUUUCUGUGUUAACGUGAAAGGCUAAGUCACUGAGAUUUGCAGGGAAACUUCUGAGCCACCCUGCUUAUUAGUGACAGAAAAAUCUGUAAAGUAGGUGUGACUAUAAUGUGAGCAGGAGAGGCAGGGCACGUGUGCAUUUCAGCUUGCUUUGCUCAGGCUUACACUGUCGCGUGUAACGCUGAUGUCCAUAGGGUUAAUAGCUUGUGAGUCGUGAUGUGAAAUGAAAGUAUACAGAUUUCCUUUGUCCACUAGCUGCCCCCAAGAGCAAGAGCCCAUAAGGCACUUGUUUUACAUCAACGGCUUUCCAAUCAUGGGUAACAAUUAAGUAUGUUUGUGGGAUUGCAAAACCACAAUGGGACACCUUGGUAAAUACGUAUUAAUAUUUUGUAUUUAGAUGCCAAAAUAUGGCAGACCAUUUUUAAAUAACUAAAAAUGGGCAUUUUUAAUAUUUCACCUUUUAUAAAUCUAGCUAACUUUUCAUUUUGCAUUAGGAAAAUUCAGAGUGUUGUGGGCUUGUGUGUGUAGAAUGGAAAGGAAACUGCAUAUUGGUGCCCCCAAUUCACAUGGCCCAACUUCCUGUGCCCCCGAGACCUGGGGCUUAGACAUCUUCUCCACAUUCCACACAGACCCUGUAAGCAGCCAGUUGGCGUGUGACAAGUCCUCCUCCGCUCUCCCUAGAGCUUCUCUCCACAAAAAGAGAAAGAAAAAGAAAAGGCUAGGUUUUUCUUUCUCUGAAAAAGGUAGGUCCUUUCCUGAAGUCAUCAAAUUAACCUACCCUGGAAAUCAGUAUCUAAUAUUUUAUAUGAAGAAAUACUUAAAUGUAUGUUUAUGCAGUAUUUUAUCAGAUAGCUGUAACUGUAAACUCACCUACCUAGUAGGUAAGAGUUUCAGGUUAAAUAAUUGAAACAUGUAUAGGCAGUCAAAACGUUACUUUAAAUUUCAUUCACCUAUUUUAAAGCCAUGUUUUUGCACCCUUUAAGCUAGAGAAAGUCUAAUAGUGCCUGUUUUUAUCAUCUGUACUCUCACAAACUUUGUUACUGAAAAUUAUUGCAUGGCAGGAGAGAUUAUUUCUCAUAUUUUCGUAAGUAGAAAAAUAUAGACAAUGAAUGGCUAAUAUUGUUACUGAUGGUUUUCUUAAUUUAUCCUCCUAAGCAAAAUGGUAAAGAUUUUUCCAGCUGAAAAAUGCACUUAGCUGAUAACUCAGAAUUUACUCUUGGGGGGAAAAAUUAAGCCGUGUGGAAUCUGGACAAGAUUAUGUUUCUGUCGCAAACAGGUUUUGCUGUAAAUGGUUUUGAUGGACAGAAGUGUGAGAAAAGAUGAUUUUUUUUUUUUUUUUUGUUACUUUUGUGAGAAACUCCAGGUCUUCUUGCUUAACUUAUAUGCAUGUGGAUAUAUUUGUUUUCAAAGCCAUGGAAGAAUCUCUGUUCAUAUUUUUUAAUGCAAAUUACCUUGUAUGCUGCUAUGCAAAUUCUAUUAAAAGCCCUACCUGCUUAGAGUUAAACAUUUUUGAAACUUUCAGGGAAGACCUGUAGACUCAAGCACUUUCUGCUUUUUUGUAUCUUAUCUUGGACACUUAUGCUGAAUUAUGUUCUUAUUUUCACUGGUUAUAAGCUAUUGAUUGUACAUAAUAUUUAAGCUAUCCAAAUAUCCAACAUACAUUUCCACGUGGCUGCCAUCGGCUGUUGAUGCCAUGAAUGAAAUGGCUGCUUAGAAAGCCAAAGGUCUUUUUUCAGUCCCUAAUAAAGUAAAAUGCCAGAUCUUUUUGGUCUUGAAGCAAAUUGCUCUGAUUACAUCAAAUGUCUAUGUGAUGAGAAGAGACAUUUAAGUUUGGGAUUCUGCUUAAACUUUAAGAUCAAUUUGAUUAGAGUCAUAUUCAUUCUUUUUACGCAUCUGUAUCAGGUAUGAUAUUCUAUCCCAGAUAUACAUCGUAUAGUAUAUUCUACUUUGAGUUUAGAUAUCAUUUUUAGUUAAAUCUCGGUUGUUGGGGCUUUUCUUUUUCCCUCUGAAAAUGAAAGUACAAGGAAUCUGCCAUCACCUGCCAUUCUCUUUCUGUGCCCUAUGUUUUAAUCGCUUGGUAAUCUAGAAUUAUUUUUUUUUUUUCUAGAAUUAUUUUGACUUUCCACACACAGCCUGUCUUUAAACAGUAGCAGUCCUCCUCCCCCCACUUAAGCUGUGUCUUUCCCUGUGCUGGAUACAUACAUACUCAGUAAAUGUGUGAUGAUAAUUCUGAAAUAAUUAUAUUGUAUAUCAGGAUUAUGUAUUUCAGCACUAUAGUUAUUCCUAUGCCAUAAUAAUGUUAAGUGGAAUUUAUUUUACACCAGUAUCAGAAUCCUUAAGUGGCUGAUGUGAAACCCUUUUUCUUAAAAAAAAAUCUGGCAGAUCAGUGAUACGAGUUUGUCCUAUUAAAGGAUAGAUAUUUCAAGUUAAGGGCAAGACACAUAAAGCACAUCUCUUUUCUUGUCUCGCUGACACUAGCUCAACUGCCAACUAGAAUGUUUAUUAUAUAUUAACUUCAGAGAAUAUUUUAACAAGAUCUUCUGUUGUUUCACAACAUAAACUUGAGCUUAAUCUCUUGCCGCCUCUAUUCUUCCUUCCCACUUUGGGUGACUGAACUGAAGUAUAUUCAGUUUGAGAAGUGAAUCCACAUUUAAUAUAACACAUAAAUACGCAUUUGCAAAUUAUUGUUUGUUCUCCAAUGAUUGUAUUCAACAAAAAUCUACCAUAUAAGCCAUAAUCCUUGAAUUGCCCUUUUCAAAGUAGAUUGGUUAAAGCUACAGAAGUAUAGCAGAAAUGAUACUUCAUUAUACUGUAUGUAAGCUUAGGAAUCCUGGCUAUAUUUCUGAUUUCUGAGUCCCGUAAGUACCUUUCUCAGUUUUGGGCUAGAGCGCAGCGGCAUCAUCAUAGCUCACUGCAGCCUCGAACUCCUAGGCUUGAGAAAUCCUCCUGCCUCAGCCUCCUGAGUAGCUAGGACUCCAGCCACAGAACACCAUGCCAGUUUUCUUCAGUUUUUUUAGAGACAGGGUCUAUGUUUCUCAGGCUCAGUAAUCUUAACCUCCAUGUCAUUGACACAUGCUUUUUAGUUGUCACCUCUUCCAAAAUGACAGAAGUCUCUUAUGAAUACACAAAAGGUUCUUUAGGUACUUGGAGGAACUUUGAAAUGGCAAGGCUAAUUAGUGACAUAUUAAUUCAUGUAUUCUUUCAUCUAAUUAACGCUUAUUUAAUGUGUAGUUCUGUACCAGGCAUUCCAAAGGGUCCAAAAGAAAAUUCCUGCCCUCAAGUACCAGGAAUUUUCUCAGUCACACCAUGCCAUCUGUUUAUCAAUCGGCAGUUAAGUACCUCUUCAUAUUUUUACCAAAGUAAAAAAUUUACAAUUCUGCUUAUCUAGAUCUGGCCAACUGGAAACUAUUUAAAGGGAUGUCCAGGCUUUUAUCCACACCAAUGUGAAAUGACUUUGAACUUCAAGUUUGGGAAAGAAAACAGUAUCCUUAGCAAGAUACAUCACAACAAACAAGAAUUAAGCUCUGUUGCCCAAAGUGGAUCCAUGGGAUCAAGUCUUUUAAAAAAAAAAAUGCUUCUUUCAACUAUGAACAGCAAACCUGAAUGCAUAUUUCCUCAACCCUCUAAGAUUUGCUAACCCAUUCAUUUCUACGCUUAUACCAUUUAUGCAUCUAAUUUGCUGGAAGUCUCCUUUUUCCUGGAAUACUCUGGCAUUAAAAUUCAGUGAAAGGGGACCUAAAGAAAAUAAGAGGUUGGUUGAAUUUUUCUGUAAGCUUCACACAGUAACAGUCCCUUUCUGUCCAGCUUGCCUUCCAUUAAUCCACUAGGGUCACCUUUUCAGGCAAUGUCCCUAGACAUGCUCAGAAAGUAGCUAAGCGAUCUGUGAUCGGAAUGAAAUAAGGGACAUAAUCACAUGGGCUCCUUCCCCUUUGUUUUCCAGCAUCCUGGAAUUGUGCACAAAAAAAAAUCGGGCAUGCCUUCAGUGUCUUGGUCUUUACUUUAAACCUACCCUUUGACAAUCAGGUGCUAAUGAUUGUAUAUUACUGAAACCAGCACACAUAAGUAUUGUCUUGUAAGUGUCUGCCCCUCCUAGGUUGGAAAAGGUCCUUUUCCUUCUAUCUUGGUUCUGCUGAGGAGGGUGUCACAUAUUUUCACCUGUUUUGUAAAUUAAUAGAAUUUGGGGAGAGGAAAUUAUUUAAACUAAGUUUCGGGUUUGGCACGGUCAUCGUUCUCGGUGAUACUCUUCUCACCUUGUAGCAAAUCUGCCCUUAUCAUAGCAACCGGUUUGGGAUUUUUUUCCUCCACUAUAGGCUCAAGUGUUAUGUUUACAAUCUGUUGGAGGAGUUCAGCAUUAUGAGACCUUGGUACCCAAAGAAUCUGUUUCCUUUUUGGUACCAGAUCUGAGGUUUUUUAAAGAAGAUAAUGUGGAAAACCACUACCUAUUGAAGGCCUAUUUUGGCUCAUCUUUGCAAACUCUGAUUAUACCCACUUAUAUGUAUUCUUUUCCUUACUGCUUUCAUUUUUGUUAAUUAUAAAGACUUAGAAAGCUUAAAUAAUACUUCUACCAAUAAUUAAAACUAUGUGAUAUUCUGGGUUCUUCUUUUUAGAACAGUGUAUUUAAAGAUGACUUUUUAAGUCUUAUUUAAAAUUUAAAUCUCAAAUCUUCUGGAUACCAAAUCAAAAACCCACAGCAUAAAACAGGGCAGUACUUGUGUUCUUAAUUUUUAAAAAAGCUUUAUGUAUACUCUAUAAAUAUAGAUGCAUAGACAACACUUCCCCUUGAGUUGCAUAUCAACAUAUAGCAUUGUACAUUACAAUGAAAAUUUGUAACUUAAGGCUAUUAUAUAUAUAAAUAUAUACCUUUGUAACCUUUAUACUGUAAAUAAAAAGUUGCUUU